AUGAGAGUCUCACCAAGCUCGCUAGUCGUCGCCUCCCUGGUGCCGCUCGUUCUCGAGACCGUUCCCAACACGACAGGAUAUGGCUGGCAAACGGGAUUCAAGCGCGCAAGGGCGUUUGUAAGCCAGCUCACCACAAAGGAGAAGUCGCAGAUCUGUACAGGAAAGGGAGUGCUUUGCCAAGGCAAUAUCCUGCCCAUCCCUCGUCUGAACUUCUCAGGUAUAUGCUACGGCGACUCCGACAGCGGCAUCGGUAACACCCACACCUUGGCAUCUGGUUUCCCACUUGGAAUUCAUGCUGCCGCCACCUGGAACAAGGACUUGAUACGUGCACGUGCGUACGGAAUAUGUUCUGAAUUCCGCACCAAGGGCGUCCACGUGUUCCUUGGCCCCGUCGCAGUCCUCUCGCGUUACGUCGGUGGUGGGACGAACUUUGAGGGGUUCGGGGUAGACCCAUAUUUGGGAGGUAUUGCCAGUGCGCUCACAGUGCAAGGAUGUCAGGCGACUGGGGUCCAAGCAAGUCCGAAGCAGUACCUAGGGUACGACGGUCAGAAUCAAGACAGAGUUUACUGUGCGUUGGCCUCCAUCUUUGGCCAAGCUGAGCUCCGUACCGAAAUGCGAUAUUUUCCAGACAGCAGUAAUAUUGAUGACAAGACUAUGCACGAGAUUAAUGUCUGGCCUUUCGCUGAAGCCGUGAGGGCCAACCCGGCUGUGAUGCAAGUAACACACUUUUGCUUUUCAUUUACUUUAUCAACUCGGAAGCCUCUCGGAUUCAGCGGGUACGUCAACUCGGAUUGGUUUGCCUUAAAAGCUGGAUUAUCUGGUACGUCUCCGGAUUCACUCAGUAGACUACUAGGUGAUGAGUUGACAUCGCUUUUCAGCAUACAAUGUGGUCGUGAUGCCGAGGGAAACUCAAUCCCGUGGUCUUAUUUUGGCGGCAACCUCACCGAAUCUGUCAACAAUGGAAGUCUCCCUGAAUGGCGAUUGAACGACAUGGCUACGCGUAUCUUGACGCCUUACUUUGGGCUCGACCAGGACCGCGGAUUCCCAGACACCAACCUGUUGGACGGUCCGUUCGAGAACACGGUCGACGCUCAGCGAAAGCGGCAUCAGACUUUGAUCCAGGACAUCGCCGCCGCAGGAACAGUACUGCUCAAGAAUGAGCAAGGCACCUUACCGCUUUGGCGCGAGAAGAAGAUCGCUGUCUUUGGGGUCGAUGCCGGCCAGAAUCCGUAUGGACCCAACUCGUAUGGCUAUGGCGCAAGCGGCCCCGCAGACGAUUUCCAGUGGUCGCUCCCUGGCAUGGGCUGGGGGACUCUCGCCGGAGGCGCAGGGUCCGGCUCCACUUACUACGCACAGCUGAUCGACCCGCUCAUGGCGCUGCAGCUGAAGGCGCGAGAGCAGAUGACGACGAUCGACUGGACGAUCACCCCGAACCUGACCGCGACGGCGGCGAUGGCGCAGACCGCGACGAAGUGCAUUGUCUUUGGGUCCUCGCUGUCCGGAGAAGGCUGGGAUCGGAACGUCACGCUCAUGCACGACGGCGAUGCGAUCAUCAAUGCCGUGGCCGAUAACUGCGCGAAGACGAUCGUGGUCAUACACACGGUUGGGCCUGUGGACAUGGAGAAAUGGGCAGAUCAUCCGAACGUGACUGCCAUCAUCAACGCCGGUCUUCCCGGUCAGGAGUCUGGCUUUGCCCUCACCUCUAUCCUCUACGGAGAAGUGACGCCGUCGGGACGACUCCCAUACACCAUCGCCAAGAACGUCACAGACUACGCGCAGCCCUUCCAGAUCGCCACUCCCCAGGACUACCCACAGAUCAACUACACCGAAGGCGUCCUGAUCGACUACCGCGGCCUCCAAGUCCGCAACAUCAGCACGCGCUACCCCUUCGGCCACGGGCUGUCCUACACCACGUUCGAGUACAAGGGCCUCGAGGUGACGAAACACGCCACCCUCCAGACCGCGCUGAAGACCAAGAUCGUGUGGGAGGCGGACGCGCCCGGCGGGGACACCAACCUGUUCGAGACCGCGGUCGGCGUCGCGCUGACGGUCACCAACGUCGGCACCUUCCCCGGAACCGAGAUCGUGCAGCUGUAUCUGCAGAUGCCGGAAGAGGCAGAGAACCCCGCGCGCAUCCUGCGCGGGUUCGAGGCCGUCGACGUCCCCGUGGGGCAGAGCGCGCGCGUGAAGCUGUAUCUCACGCGCAAGGACAUCUCGUACUGGAGCGUCGUGCAGCAGACAUGGGUCGUGCCGGCGGGCCGCUUCGACGUCUACGUUGGCGCGUCGUCGCAGGACCUGCGCCUCACGGGCGGCUUCGACAUCGCGGCGCACUGA